AGAUGUCUGAGGGCGGAUGGGGAUAGGAAUAACGGGAGACCCCCGAAGUUGGAUAUUGAGGUUGCUGGGGGCGGAGGAGGGAGAUCCCUAAAAGGGAACAUGAUGGAGGGGUCUCUGAAAGUGAUGGGGAGACAUGAAAGGAGACGCUGAGGGGAGAGAGCCCUGUGGCAAAAAGGGACCGCUGUAGGGAAGAGCUGGUGGCGCAGUGGUUAAGCGCUCAGCUGCUAACCAAGAGCGAAUGCGGGAGAAAGAUGUAGCAGUCUGCUACUGUAAAGAUUUCCAGCCUUGGAAACCCAGCGGGGCAGUUCUACUCUGUCCUAUAGGCUCGUUAUGAGUCAGAAUCUACUCAAAGGCAACGUGUUUUGGUUUGAUGGGAAAGAGGGGGACAGAGUCAGAAAGGGGUCUGGAACCUAAGGAUAUUGGGGGGAUUAGGAUUAAGGAGUAUGGGGGAGAUUGAGGAAGAUCAGAGGGUGAUACAGCAGUGCUGAGCUGUCAUUUGACAAAGCUGAUGAGCCCCCAAAUAAAGCAAGUGCCCAGGAGGAAAAUGUCACCUGAAAAGAGUGAUUACAAACUCUUUGAGGGCAGGUAUCCUGUCUUGUUCAUUUAAGUAUCCCCAGUGCUUAGUAUAGGGUCUAGCACAACACAGUGUACUCCAUAAUGGUGGUACUGAACUGAAGGUGUAAAGGGCCAAGGGACAUACUGGCAUUAUGAAGUCCCCUCUAGGUUGGAUGGGGACUGACCUAACAGUCUAAAACAGUAUCUGGGAAAGGGAUUCACUUAUAUGCCUUGAAUGCCGGUUUGCAGGCUGCAAACCUGACUUUCACUCACUGAUUGUCCUCGAGUUGAUUCCUACGCAUAGUGACCCCAUAGGACAGAGUGGAAUUGCCCCAUAGGGUUUCCAAAGAGCAGCUGGUAGAAUUGAACUGCCAACCUUUUGGUUAGCAGCCAAGUUGUUAACCACUGCACCACCAGGGCUCCAAACCUGACUUUAGUAGGGAAGUAUUUCCACGUAGCAGAAGUCUUUUAACCCAAGGUUUUAAAAGUUGGUUUUAUUUUUUUUAUUGUUUAAGUGCUGUUAGCAACUCAAACGCAAUGAUUCCUUAGUUUCGAUCCCAAAACAAGCCCUAGUUAAACGUGGAUUGGUUGAUUGAUCAAGGUAAAGUAGUAACCUAGAUUAUGUAUUCAUGUAAGUUCCUUAUCUCUGAGUCAGCAAAUCAUUGUAAAUACGUGCCCCAUAUUAAACAGCCUACUAAUCACAUUUGGUUUGGUUUAGGAGUAUUUUAUUAGUCAGCUGAAGCUGGAAGGAGUUGAUCACCUUCCUCGCCGAGUAACAAAUGAAAUUGCAAGUAACAGUCGAUAUGAAGUUUAUACCCAAGGUGGUAUUAUAUUUGCAACAAGCCGAAUACUUGUGGUCGAUUUCUUGACUGAUAGAAUACCUUCAGAUCUAAUUACUGUGGGUUCCUGAGGUGGUGUGGCUUAGUAGGAAGAACAUGGCUUUGGAUUCAGACAGAUGUGAUUUGGAAUCUUUGGUUUCCCGUAUGCUUACUGGAUGACCUUGGUCAAGGUGCUUCCCUUUCUUGUCUCAUAAUGAUACCCUCGGAGUAAUGAGAACUGGAGAGAAAACUUGCAAGUACAUUUAUACCAAAUACAUAUAAGGCAUCUUGGUAUAUAGAGCUCACAGAAUAAUAGAGUCUUGUCAAGAAGCAUUCAUCUUGCGCCUCUUUCGCCAGAAAAAUAAACGUGGUUUUAUUAAAGCUUUCACAGACAACGCAGUUGCUUUUGAUACUGGCUUUUGUCACGUGGAAAGAGUGAUGAGAAAUCUUUUCGUAAAGAAGCUGUAUCUGUGGCCAAGGUUCCAUGUAGCAGUAAACUCAUUUUUAGAACAGCACAAACCUGAAGUCGUAGAAAUUCAUGUUGCUAUGACACCUGCCAUGCGUGCUAUACAGACUGCUGUACUGGACAUUUUAAAUGCAUGCCUUAAGGAACUAAAAUGCCAUAAUCCAUCACUUGAAGUAGAAGAUUUAUCUUUAGAAAAUGCAAUCGGAAAACCUUUCGACAAGACAAUCCGCCACUACUUGGAUCCUUUGUGGCACCAACUUGGAGCCAAAACUAAGUCCUUGGUCCAGGACUUGAAGAUACUACGAGCUUUGCUGCAAUAUCUCUCUCAGUAUGAUUGUGUCACAUUUCUUAAUCUUCUGGAGUCUUUGAGAGCAACUGAGAAGGCUUUUGGUCAGAAUUCAGGUUGGCUGUUUCUUGACUCUAGUACCUCGAUGUUUGUAAAUGCUCGAGCAAGAGUUUAUCAUGUUCCAGAUGCCAAAAUGAGUAAAAAAAGUCAAAUGUCUGAGAAAAUGGAGAUUAAAGAAGGGCAAGAUACCAAAAAAGAGCUGGUUCUAGAAAGCAACCCCAAGUGGGAAGCCCUAACCGAGGUACUGAAAGAAAUUGAGGCAGAGAAUAAGGAGAGUGAAGCCCUUGGUGGUCCAGGUCAAGUACUUAUUUGUGCAAGUGAUGACCGAACGUGUUCCCAGCUGAGAGAGUGCAUCACUACUGGAGCAGAGGCCUUUUUAUUGAGACUCUACAGAAAAAGCUUUGAGAAGGAUAGCAAAGCCGAAGAAGUGUGGAUGAAAUUUAGAAAGGAGGAUAGUUCAAAGAGAAUUAUGAAACCUAACAAAAGACCCAAAGACCCCCAAAACAAAGAAAGAGCUUCUAACAAAGAAAGGACUCUCAAAAGGAAAAAACGAAGGUUGACUUUAACUCAGAUGAUGGCGAACUCUGAAGAACAUGAAGGUGAAGGGAAGGUGGAAGAAGGGUAUCCUAGAGAAAUAAGCAGUAGCCAAGAAAGUGGCUUAGAAGGAAUUAAGCAUGAAGAAUUUGAUUUAAACUUGUCAUCCGAUGCAGCUUACGGAAUCCUAAAGGAACCCCUCACUAUCAUCCACCCGCUUCUAGGUUGUAGUGACCCCUAUGCGCUAACAAGGGUACUCCAUGAAGUGGAGCCAAGAUAUGUCGUAUUGUAUGAUGCUGAGCUAACAUUUGUUCGUCAGCUUGAAAUUUACAGGGCAAGCAGACCCGGGAAACCUCUGAGGGUUUAUUUUCUCAUAUAUGGAGGUUCGACUGAAGAGCAACGCUAUCUCACUGCUUUGCGGAAAGAAAAGGAAGCGUUUGAAAAGCUCAUCAGGGAAAAAGCUAGCAUGGUUAUCCCUGAAGAAAGAGAAGGCAGAGAUGAAACCAACCUGGACUUAGCAAGAGGCAGCACAUCAGCAGAUGCCUCCGCUGACACUCGGAAAGCAGGCGGCCAGGAACAGAGUGUUACACAGCAAAGUAUAGUUGUAGACAUGCGUGAAUUUCGAAGUGAACUGCCAUCUCUGCUCCAUCGUCGUGGCAUUGACAUUGAACCGGUGACUUUGGAGGUUGGAGAUUACAUUCUGACUCCAGAAAUGUGCGUGGAGCGCAAGAGUGUCAGUGAUUUGAUUGGCUCCUUAAAUAAUGGCCGCCUCUAUAGCCAGUGCAUCUCCAUGUCCCGAUAUUACAAGCGGCCAGUGCUUCUGAUUGAAUUUGACCCCAGUAAGCCCUUCUCUCUCACGUCACGAGGUGCCUUAUAUCAGGAGAUCUCCAGCAACGACAUCAGUUCCAAGCUCACCCUUCUUACUCUGCACUUCCCCAGGCUUCGGAUUCUUUGGUGCCCCUCCCCUCAUGCAACUGCGGAGUUGUUUGAGGAGCUGAAACAAAAUAAGCCACAGCCUGAUGCAACAACAGCCAUGGCUAUCACAGCAGAUUCUGAAACCCUUCCCGAGUCAGAAAAGUAUAAUCCCGGUCCCCAGGACUUCUUGUUGAAAAUGCCAGGGGUGAAUGCCAAGAACUGUCGCUCCUUGAUGAACCACGUCAAGAACAUGGCAGAGUUAGCAACCCUAUCACAAGACAAGCUCACGAGUAUUCUGGGGAAUGCUGCAAAUGCUAAGCAGCUUUAUGACUUCAUUCACACCUCGUAUGCAGAAGUUGUGUCUAAAGGGAAAAUGAGAAAAUGAACAAUAGUAGCUGUUUUCGUAUGCCAUGACUGUGCUCUUUAAUGGCUCUUUGCCAGCCAGUAUAGGUCAUUAUUAAUUAUCGCUCAGUCUUUUAUUCUCUUCCAAGGCUUUUAAUGAUUGUGCGGCCUGUUUCCUAGGUCAGUGGAACAGAAGCCAAGAGCCCUCUCUGAACUUAGCAGCAUUUUAACUUUCCCAUGUCCACUCUCAUCCUUCCCUGCAGUGUGUAUGCCUGAUUGUAGUAUAAUCAAUUUUAAAAUGACAUCAGGUUAAGUUUCUACAAGUAUUUAUAGAGGACCAUUUUUGAAACAAGCAGAAGUGUGUGUUUCUUAAACACACUGAUAAAGCGUGCAAUCAUGUUCUUGCUCUCUGCCUACAAAGGGGCCCCCUGGAACACGGACAAGGAUACAUCUCUUUGCAGUUCCUGCCUAGUUCUCUCCCCCACAUUUUCUUCGUCUCCGUGUUUCUUCCACCUAUCUGCCUCUAAGAAAAAUUCGUGGGGACUCCCUUCUACUAAUUUAAAACAGCCACCUCUACAACCGACUCACUGGUUUUCUAAUCACUUGAAUAUAUGUAGCGUGUAUUAUAACUUGAUUGUCCAAAACCAGUAUUUUUAAAACAUAAAAUUAAUUACCUCUUUAUAAAAUGUGAUGGUAUGGGUGAAGGAGCCCUUAGAAUUCCGUUUUUACAGAUAGUCAAACUCCUAAAAAUCCCAGAGAUCUCUAAGCCCAAAUGGCUAGUUAGGGCAUCUCUUGAGACUUCCUCUUUUCCCAACCUCUCACCCUGUAUCCUAACACCACCAGCAUCAUGUCCCUUCGAAACACAACACAAGCUCAUCCUCUCUUUGAUUCUCCACUUCUCACUUUCUCUCUGUGCAGGAGGGCUCAAAUGUGAGCAAGCGAGUGGCCCAGAGCAGCCCUCAGAGCUGUUAAGGUUUGUUUCCUUCCCUGAGUUGAGAUAAAAGGAUUAUAAGCAAAUAAGUAGACUAUAUAAAAAGCUUCCAUAAAUAAAAUCUCAUUCUAAACCUUCUUCUGACUGAUUUGGUUUAGCUUUUUACUGAUGUGUACAUACAGGACAUUCAUAGCAUCUUUGUGUAAUUUUAAAACUUUUAUAUUUAAACAUUAUUGAUUUAAGCGAUUCGCUUCUUUAGAAAUCAGUGAAUUUUCUACCUCAAGAGCAGAUGAAGACAUCAGCCCUGCUUGCCAUAUCACACAGUUUGACUUCUCAUCCAUGUCAGUCAUUUUUUUGUUUGUCCCAUUUGGUAUAUUUAGAAUAUACAGUGGACUGAGUAACUCACAGUUGUCUUUAACAAAAGUACUUUUAACUGUCAUUUCCAAACUCUUUCUCUCAUACUAGCAUCUUGGUUAUUAGUAUUUAAGAAUGUUUAUGGGUUUUUGAACUCCAUACAAGGAGCGAAUUCAGGAGUGUCAGUAACCACAGAGGUUAAGAGAGAACUCUGCAAGGUAAUUUGGAGAGUAGGGCAGAGAAUAAGAAACAAAAAUCACUUUAAGGUAGAACAAAGAUCUGGGCUCCUAAUUGUAUCCCAAAAUUAAAAAUGUAUCCUCUAGAAUAGAAAACAGAAACGUAGAGAACAGAUCUUAACAUUCACUUCGGUAUUUAUUGAAGAGUUCAAUCAGAGUUAAAAAUACAUUAAAAUAGACAUACCACUUCAAAUGGUAAUAAUAGCUAUAGUUUUUUUCACCCUUUUCUAGCACUUCUGCUUGUGGUAUGUAAUUUCUGGUUUUUUCUACUUGUAUAAUUCUACCUGCCUUCUUGUAUAACUCCACCUUGUUGUAUCAUAUGAAAGGGAAAUCUUAAAGUACACCAUCUUUGAUAAGAAUUUUAUUCCAUGCUAAGUUUUCAAAACAGUUACUUCUUAAGUCACCAUAUCAAAUGUUCCUUGUUUUCUAGUGCAACACAGAUAACAGUCUCCAUUGUAUUUAGUACCUGUGUACCUUGGCUGUGGAAUUCUGCUGCUUGCUUAUGUAUCUAAUGGUUACCUGAAGACAGGUGUGCUAGUUCAUGUGCAGUUAAAUUAUGAAAGAUACUUUCUAAUGAACUCUAAAAUGGUCAUUAUGGGCCACAGGCUCUCUUCCAACUAUGUAAAUGUAUCCCAGUGUAUUUCCAGUUGCAGGAAGCUUUUAAUACAUUCAUCAAGUAUUUUAUGAAAUUUUUUUGCAAGUUUUUUUAAUCUAAGAAUCUUUGGUUAAGGAGCUAGAAAUGCACACAUUUAGAAUUAAUGUAUUACCAUAUUUUCUAGCAUCAUUUUGUUAACUUUGCUUUUUUCCUUUAAAAAUACCACCUAAUUUACUUAACUUCAUUUUUAGAUUUCUUAAAACCUUUUUUAAAAGCUAGGCCAACAUUAUUGUUCUAUUUUAUAAGUUUUUUGCAUAAAAAAUUUGAACAUGAAAUAUUGUGGGAAAUCAUUUUCAGAUUUAUUUGCUUGAAUCAUGUUAUUUAUCUUAAAAAUAUACAAGAAGAAAUCAUUUUUAAUGGUGGCAGUAAAUAAUGUCCUUUUGGCAAUUCUUCCUCUUUCAGUCCGAGGCUUUGUGGCUAAAUACCUACUUUUUUUUUUUUAUUUGAGUACACACGGGAUGCAGUUUCCCAGCUCAUGAGGGACUGAAAAUAAUUGUCUAAUUCCUCAGCCAGUUGGGACAUAGAGGGUUGAGUCUAGAUGUGGUCACGCUGAAAUUAUAAAGCAUCGAAAUAAUAAAUGGUCUUCAGCAUGAAAACCUACACAAAAGCAAACCUGAAGAAGGAAUGAGGGGGGAGACAGACAUUACUGGUCUUUACUUUUGUUUUUCAAGCAUAAUUUGAUUUUCCUUUGGCUCGGAAACCCUUAGGGAAAUUCCCUUUUGUGUUCAGUUUAACCAAGAAUACCCAACGUUUUAGAAAAAUUCUUUUUCUCAGGCUUGAAUAUAUGAAAAUUUAUGCAGGCUUUAAUAGGGGUGUCAUUUGUCUUUAUUCUUUGGCUUUCUGUUUUGAUUCGUAGCUGUUUCCUGUCCAGUUCUGAGCUUCAGCACAUGAUUUCUCAUCUUAUAAUUGGGAUUUUGGUGGCCUACACCACUACGUUUUUUUAAUUUAAGGGUGUUUAGGUCAAAAUUUGGAUGGGAGGGAGACACAACUGAUUUGUAUCAAUUGUAUCAGAGUUGUGUAUGUGUGUGUUUUUAAGAAAACGUGUAUUCAAUAUUUUCCUUAACAUUUUGUGGGCAAAGUAAAAAUAACCAUGUGGAGUGAAAGGCCAUGUAUUACCAGCAAUGUGUUGGUAAAUAUAAUUUGAAAUUCAGAGAAUGUUUAAUUUUUUUUUCUGUUAUGCAGAAUAAAUUAUUGAAGUUGAAAUGCUCUUUGAAUCCCUUCUUUUGAUCUUUGACUUGCUUAAUAAUGCAUUUUCUAAGGCUUCAAUGUAUUUUUCUUUUGGUCCUUUUCCCUUACCGCUUUUUGUUUUGUAGCAUGUCUCCUUAAGGGGGCAGGGGGAAGAUGCUUCUUCCGAAAACACUCACUUGUUGAUGAGUAUGGGUAGGCACAGUGCCUGAGACAUCUUAACAAAGGUUAGUCUUCUGCCCUCUCCACCCUGCACCCCCUGCCUCAUACAUUUUUGUUCCUUUAAUGUCAGAGGUGAAAUAAGUGAAUUAUCCUUUUGACACAUCUGGGAUUUUAUUGUAAUCUCUUAAACAAGUUUAAUUAUUUGCUU